AUGGAGGGGUUUCCAGUGGACGAAUUGGCCACUGGCUGGACAACAUUCACAGGAAGGCAGCAGGACAGGCAACAGGAAAGUCCAUGUGAUGAAAGGGAGAGUCCAUGUGAGGAAAGGGAAAGUCCAUGUGAUGAAAGGGAGAGUCCAUGUGAGGAAAGGGAAAGUCCAUGUGAGGAAAGGGAAAGUCCAUGUGAGGAAAGGGAGAGUCCAUGUGAGGAAAGGGAGAGUCCAUGUGAGGAAAGGGAAAGUCCAUGUGAUGAAAGGGAGAGUCCAUGUGAGGAAAGGGAAAGUCCAUGUGAGGAAAGGGAGAGUCCAUGUGAGGAAAGGGAGAGUCCAUGUGAGGAAAGGGAGAGUCCAUGUGAGCAAAGGGAGAGUCCAUGUGAGCAAAGGGAGAGCCCAUGUGAGCAAAGGGGGAGUCCAUGUGAGCAAAGGGAGAGCCCAUGUGAGGAAAAGGGAACUGAGGAAAAUAACAUGCCCGUUGAGAAAAAGACCAACCCAUCUGACAAAAAAACCUCAUCGUACCAAAGAAAGAAGUCUUACUUGUGUUUUGAGUGCGGAUAUAAAACAUCUAACAGGUCUCACCUAUUGGACCAUGUACGAACUCAUACCGGUGAGAAGCCAUACAUAUGUAUCCACUGCAACUAUGCUACAGCGAAAAAGAGUAACCUUGCUAAACACAUGUUUGAACAUGGCGGAGAAAAAGUUAAACCAUACGUGUGCAAGGAGUGCGGAUACAGCACAGCUAGCAGGUCUCACUUUACCGAUCACACAAAAACACACACGGGCGAGAAACCCUACAAGUGUGACCAUUGUGACUAUUCUACUGCACGCAAGUCCAAUUUACCCCGUCACAUGAUGGCUAAACACGCCAGAGACAACCCCUCCAUGUGUGGGGAGUUUGGGUACAGGACAGCAGACAAUUCUCCCAUAUCCGGACCCAUACGUGCCAGUACAUAUAGAGGCAAAAUCCACAAGUGUGACCGUUGCGACUAUUUUACUGCAAGAAAGAGUAAUCUAGAUCGGCACAUGGUUAAUAAACACACUGGGGAAAAACCUUUUAAGUGUAACCUGUGCGACCAUUCUUCCACAGAAAAGCGUGAAUUAGAAAUACACAUGGCUAAACACACUGGAGACAAACCCUACAUGUGUGAGGAGUGCGGAUUCAGGACAGCUUACAGUAAUUACCUAGCUACACACAAAAGAACACACACUGGGGAGAAACCCUACAAGUGUGACCAGUGUGACUUUGCAGCAAACCAAAGGGGUCUGUUGACACAGCACAUGGCUAAACACACUGGAGAGAAACCCUACAUGUGUGGGGAGUGUGGGUUUAGGACUGGGUAUGUGUCAAGCCUAAAUGCACACAUGAAAAGACACCUAGCAAAGAUUCCUUGCAGCUUAGAUCAGUGUGAAAAUCCUUUCGCGUUGGAAAACUGUGAUAACCAAAUGUAACAAUGUAAUGUAACAACAACAACCAAAUUUGUAAAGUGAACGAAAGCACAAUGCCUACAAAUAUUAAAGAUGCAUGCUUUGACGGUAGUGCACAAUGAAUGUAUAAAGUGUCUAGUCUUAUAAAUUGUAGUUGAUAUAUUAAGUAGUAGAUGCCAUACUUAGUACCAUGGAGUUAAAAGUUCUAACUCCAAUUGUUUGUACCCUGUGCAAUUGUUGUGCAGUAAAGCUAUCUGUAGUCUAGGAAGGCAGUACAAAUACUGACUGAGUAAACUUUGAAAAGUCUGUAACUAUUAAAAUGCAAUGUUUACCAACCAUUUCGUUACAAAAGAAAAACAUAGGAGGGAAUUCUCAGUGCAUGGGAAAGUACUAGUAUCUAUCUAUGUUGUGCAUUAGAGAAUGUUUAACUCCUAGAAAGUGUGACUUGUAUAGUAGUGAUGUACACAUGCACAUUGUCAUUAUAGAAUUGCACAUUGUAAUGUUGUGUACUGUUGCAAUGCCUCUUUUGAAUGUAAACCAGUAAACUAAUAAAAUUGA